GUGGUCGACGCGGUCGCUGUGGUGGCGUGACCUCCACGUGAGCGAGAAGCGUGCAAUGUCUUGUUAAGUGGCCGGAAAAUCGGAACGCAACGAUGAGCGAGCCUCCUGACCGACAGAAGGUGAUCGAAAAGUACCUCCAAGGUUUACGUCAUGACGACGGCUACUCUCAUGGCUACCUGAAGUCAGACGAAGAGCUAAAGCUUUUUGAGAGGUCCCUGGCUGCCGUCAACGAGAGGUAUGCUGUGCGGACAUCAAGAGACCUGAGCAAGUCGUCUAAAUCCAAUGUCGUCUUCUCCAUGAUCCACUGUGGAUCUCGAAUCUCUGUGGACAAUGUGCCGUUCCGAGUUGUCAAGGAAACGGUCAAAGUGUGCAUAUUUGGAACGGAGUACCACAAGAAAACUCAGAAGAAAAAAAAGAACAGAGUUCAAGUACCACUGACUGGCAGAAGAAGGCGUACGAGAAGAAGCGGGUGAACCUCCAAGGCACAAAGAGGAAGGGGUGUGCAGCAACAAUGAAUUUGAACUGGAUUGAGUUGUACCCAGAUAUCCAGAUAUGUAUACUUUGACGGUUUCCUUGACAACUGGAAACGGCACAUUGUCCAGAGGGAUUCGAGAUCUGCAGUGGAUCACGGAGAAGGCGACAUUGGCUGAAAAUAAACAAUAAAGAGGAUUUAAUGAAGGCA